UUCAGCCCGUCCUCCGUCCUCCAAAGUUCUAUCCAGCGAGCCGCUGGUCCAUCGACCUCGAUCUUAGGUAAAAUUCCCCUGACUGGGCGCUAGCCUAAUCAGCGCUGAUUCGAGGUCCUGUGCGGCCUUCAGAUGUAAGCCGCGAAGAAGCGCGGCGGCCCUUCUUCGCCGCUUGCAAUCGUUAUUCUAGCGAGGUGCUAGAAGGAGAAUGCUCUUGCGCCCGUUCCGGAACGGAGAAGCGAGGAGAAGAAAGCCUUGGGAAUAGAACGGUGCAGAGCACACUUGCUGAGGUGAGAUUUGAAGGGUUACAAAACUGCAGGCCUCAAAGACGAGGCGAUGUCACGGCCACCGGUCCUUGGUGAACCUUCACAAUUCCAACGGAGCAGAGCCGGGGGAUUGGCGAAAUUUAAUAAACGUCGAGUCAUUCCGACGACUUCCUUUCUUCGUGAGGACUGAUCCAAAGCAGUUUGAAGGAGGGCAGCACCUGGAAGUAUGUAGCACAUGCGAGGCGGGGGUUUAACCGAAUUGACACAUUGUGAUCACGACGAGCGAAUGAUACGGAGUGAGAUGACGCAUAGAGCGUGACGAGAGCCGGGUUAUCUCCACGUUCCGCAGUGGCAGGAUGCCAAGGCAGCGAGGCUCGUGCGAGGAGGGACCCUUUACUGGAGUCAUCCUCCGCUCCAUAUGAUUCGGACGUACGAAACAUCACAUCACUUGUGGAAUGCAGGGCCAGCGGCAAUACAACACCUUCCAUCGGCAUCACGGAAGAAUGACUUCCAUAUAUGGACACUAGGGGACACGAUACCUGAACGGUCGCCGCAAACGCAGAUCCUCCCGUCAGAUCAGAUUCCUUUCACCUACGUAUAAAAUGCUUAGCUCUUUGCCUCGGUUCCCCGCGAAUCUUGGUGUCUCACUCACAGCCAUCUGUGCAUUUUACACAGUCACAUACUAUCUUCGCUUUGAGAUCCUCCCCGAACUAUGUUCUGGUCCUCUAGCAAAGGCAAGACCCGAGCGCGGUUCUCGGCACCCAGAAUGCCCUGCGAAUUGGAACGGUACAUCGUCGAGAUGUAUGCACUCGAAUGCGCCGGCCCGGAGCGGAUCCUGCAGCUGCUUCCCGUCUGCCAUCGGGUUCGAGUUUGGCUUGAGCCAGCACUCUACCGCACACUCAUAUUCAACGACGGAUCCGAUGAGCAGAGACUUCCAACCUGCGAGAUAGAUGUGAUCGACCGUCUGUCUACUGCCUAUCCAGGCGCCCUCCAGAACAUUGUGAAGAAUAUCAUGCUAAUCGGUGAAAGGCGGGAUACUGUGGAGCGGGUGUUGAGGAGCUGCAAUGCGGCGGAGAAUGUGUUCCUCGCUGGAUGCGCCACUCGUGGGCUUGAUCUAUCGCUAAUUUCGCCGUCCCUCCGACAUUUGCAUUGCACUGCGGAGACCUUAGAACUGCUCAACUGGAAACCAGAAGGUUAUACUUUCCCAGCUCUGACGCAUCUCGAACUGUUCAACAUUGACGGUCAUUCCCACGGCCGCGUACCUCAGACCCUUCUCCGCCUGCUGAGCAGAAAGCACUUUCCAUAUCUGGCACAUCUUGCCAUAAGCGCAACAUCUGUAAUCCGCUACCUGCCCGAGGUCAUUCCGCACUUGCAAAACCUGGAGAGCAUCGUCAUCGUGAGCGCUUACCGCAUUGUCUCCUCGACUCCUCUGCCAGAGAGUGACCGUCGAAUAUUAAUGGGAGACCAGAGACUAGUUCUGGUCUCUGUUCCUGAUUACGUCGAAGACUGGCAAGAUGGGGUGUUGACUGCGAACGACUUCUGGGCAAGGGCAGCACGAAGAAUCGCGAAUCGAUUAUCCGGCGCAGUCGAUGCGAAUCACUAUGCCGUGAAUUUCGACGACAUGGAAUGACGUGAUUCUCACAGAUGAAAACAUAAUGUACACUAUGUCUUUGUAGAACUCUUCAGCCAUACUGCAUAUGGUUUCAUUGACGCUGUCCCGGGCGAAGACAUAUUAGUAUCCUUGUAGCACUACUGCGCACGGGACCCCCAAAUUCUCACAGGUCGGGAUUUCGUUGUACCAUACAUCAACAUGGAGUACCGAGCUCAUUUCAAAUAGCUGAAGCAAAAACCUUGCGUGUAUUUAUUCCAGAAGUUGGUACCAUAAUGGAAGUCGAUCCAAGUCGAUACAAAUCCCGCACCAGUCUGUGUCCGCUGCGAUCGCCGUCGUGUCUCCCUCAAGCGGGAUCGGAC